AUGAAUGUGAGAAACAGAUCCUGCUCCUCCUCCAUCCUGCAAGCAUGCAGUUCAUCCUUCACCAGACAGCCAUCCCGUGUGUUGAUAGUGGAUGCAUCGCCCCCCUGGUGGUCACAGACAUGCCCUGUUCUGUGUCAGGCUUUGGAAAACUUCUUUAUUCUCAGCAGCAGUCUAGCAGGUCCUGUCCGCCUGCCGCUACUCAGCAUCUUUGCCAUCAGUGUACAGCUGGAGUGCCUUCUACCCUUUGUGCACGUUAAGGGGAAUUUGACACGUCUUCUUUCCUGUGUGGAGGAGCUGCGUUCUCUGCCUCGGGAGGGCUGUGUUCGGCAGCGGGGGGCACUCCUUAAACAGGCAGUAUUGGACAGCCUGCAGCAGUUUAAACAAUACAUGUGUCAUACAGCUCUUGGGGACAUAAACAGCAACUGCGUUGAGGUGACCGUGUUGACCUGUCAGUCAGGCGAGGCGGUAUUGAAACAACUGGAGAAGGACCUGAAAAACUCUGAUCUAAUGAGUCUACGCAGACUUCUGGUUAUUCACAUCAGCCUACAGCAGAGUCUCUCAGACAGAUCUCCAACCUGUAGCCUAGACAUCCCAUCUUCAGACGAUCACAAUGACCAUGAAGAAAGCCUGAUGUUGGGCACAGAUAUGGACCUGCAGCAGGUGGAGGGCACAGUUCUGGCUGUAGAGAAUGCUUUGAAAAUGUGGCUGCAUGAACAAGGUGUUGACCGCGAACACCUCCACCUGCUGUUACCCCCCUCUUUGACAGCGCAAGGUUCAACACCCAAUCCUGCCAACAGCAUAUCAAGCCCUGUCUGUUUAAAGUGUGACAUGCAGGAGAGGCUUCUAAGUCCAGUUCUGCUUCCCAGCACCACUAACUUUGGAGUGAGAACAGAGAACAUGCAAGACUUUCAACCCCCAAACAAGAUCAGGACCAACCAGAGCAUUUUGCCAAAGUGUCUACAAGUUGUUAAAGUACUUCAUGCUGAUGGAGUGUGUCAGUCCAUGCUUUAUGGAUUACCUCUCAUCAUCAGACCAACCUCCUGCUGGCAGCUGGACUGGGAUGAAAUGGAAUCAAACCACCAGAUGUUUCAUGCUCUCUGCCACACACUUAGAACCCGUGAUUGGUUCCUGAUGGUACGUUCGGAGUCAGGCUUGGGUUCUGGUGUGCUCUCUUACUACAUACUUCAGUCCUCGAAUUCCCUCUCUCUGCUUUUGAAACCAGUGCUGACACGAGAGCUAAUGCUUCCAUGCAGUCUGCUCGAUUCAAGGGAGGACCCCCCACCCCAUGCACUUUCCAUUGUAGAGAGCUCCCUGGAACAGCUCGAGAAGGACCCUGUCUUUAACCCCCUCUGUUUGGACACCAACCUUUACGUGCACCUGAGAAUGAGAGGCUUGCUCACUCGCUCAUCAUCAUCAUCACAAACAUUUGGUGCACAUGGGCAAGGUCGUGGCCAUCGCAGAGAUGCCAGUCGGCCACCAGAGGGCUCCACACAGCGUCAGGGUCGACAGUCUCAGAGUCGUGUACGAGCAACAGUGACCCCUCUCGCCUCCACUCCUCCAAACAAGAUGCCCCGCUCCUCCCUCACCCCUAGCCAUUCCCGACCCGGCGCCCCUGCCCUCUUUUUCCAAGACAGCUACGAGGAGGACGAGCCUCUGAUGAGCAAGUAAGGAGAGACAACCAAUAUGAAAAGGAAAUCACACCUUUAAACAUUACACUGACACCAAUUGCUGUGCAUCACCAGAAACUGAGCGCAUUCAUUUCUGAACUCACUUCGAGAGGAUGUUACAUACCACAUCAUAUACUUGCACAUGACCGGAUAUCCAGUAUCAUAAAGACAUAUAUGGGGUUUACCUAAAAUGUUUUUGCUUUUACAUAGAUUACUAUUCAGAGUACACUUACUGUAUUAUCUUGUGGUGUCCUAUUAAAAACACAGCAUAAUACAGUGUAUACCUGCCAUGUUCAGCCAUGGCAAUUUGAAUCAAAAGUAAGUUUUAAAAUCACAUAACAGCAAAAGCUUUCCCUAUUUCAGAGACGCGUGUUCACAGCUCCUUACAUCUGAAAAGCAUUACAGCGCAGAAUAAACAACCUCAUUAACAAAAAAUAAUAAAACUCAGCAACUGUGUGACUGACUUUACAAAAUCAACCCCCGUACUGUAUUCAGACAACCAGAAUGCAUAAAACAAAAGCUGCUUUGUUGCCCAACUUCUUAUCAUUAAAACACUCGUACUUAACAUGAUAUUUUUGGAGAAACUAAAGUAACCACCGGACCGUGCAAUUCGACAAUUGCUGAACCGCAGCUGGAAGAAUAUUGCUGUGAAAAGAAUAAUUAAAAAAACCACGAGAGAGGCCGUUUAAGAAUUGCCUGCUCAUUGCAAAUGCUAGAGAGAUUGGAGUGUUGGGGGAAGUAGUGGAAAAGUAGGGCCAUUGUCUUCCUUUAUGGAAGCCUCCACUACAGCCCCAAUGGACACUGUACACAACUACGUAGGAAUUCAAGGCCUUCAAUGAGCUACAGAGAGGGAAAAUGAAAAGAGGUCGCCCGCGUAACCCUGGAGGUGCUGGUUUAGGGUGAGUUGUGAGAGCUGAGGGAAAUGAUUUUGAAACCAGACUGAGGUCAUAGCUAUAACGUUACUCAAUGGGCCCCUCUGACUGAAGCUCAUCAGUAUUGCCUCAUUAAGAUGUCCGCCAUUCCACCCACCUGGCACUGCCCACGUCUUGCUUUAUGACAUCAUGGUGGUGAGGUUCGGCGCUACGCAAAUUCAACAAAAAGCAGACGUUGGAUUUGGCGUCAGUUUUCCUUUUUUUUAUAUAUAUAUAUUUUAAGUUCGCAGUUUCCUUGUGUAUUAGUUAUGAAAGAGGUUCAGUGUGUUUUUUUGUAAUUGUCUCUCUAGUUCUGGCCAGCUAAUGUCUUAAGCAUGUGUUGUCUUUGGGGCCAUUUACAGUAUAAUAACUUUACAGUAUUACUUUAAGCUAUGCUUCACAUUUUUCAGCUGUUA